AAAUGGAAGGUACCGAAUAACGCAGCUGUAUUCAUGAUAAUUCCAAUAAUCUUGUUCAAAGGAAUCCCAGAAAAAGACGCACAGUAUCAUGAUGUAACUUGGCAGAGAAUGUGCGUUUGGGCAUAUGGACCGAGCGGUGCCGUGAGUGAAGUAACAAUACAGCCGACAAGGGGGAGUUUCUUGCAAAGCACAUGCAAUCCCUACAAAAAUUCCCGGUGACUUCAGAUCCAAGGAGGUGGCGAUAUUCAUGGGAGCACGAUUCAAACGCUUUCAGUUGGAGUAGGAGUACAGCUUCAGCAGCAAAACGGAUGGAAUAAUGUUGGCUUAAAACAACUUUUUUAGAUCUGGAAGGUGAAAGGCUCAGAGUUUCUAACUUUGGACUGUAGUUAGGUGCUGAUUUGACAACCAGUAGACAUUCUGCGCAGUCAUACCUGGGCAUUAUGAAGAGGUAUCCAGGCUUUUUUCAUUCUUGGGAGAGGAUGUCGUCUUGCUGAACUCGUGUAGCUUAAUCGGAUAUUUGCUUAUAUUUUAGUGACUCUCCAUAACUGUAACGUGAUCUGCCCUUUUACGCGGUACUUUCGAAACAUCACAUCCCCAAAAUGGACCGUGCGGGAUUUGCUGUUUUGAUGGUUUUGACUGUUGCACUGGGGCAAAUUGGUGACUGUCACAAGGACACAACAGGUGGGAGGAAAGAGGGUGCAGGGACAGGCCGGACGGUCUGGAACCAGCAGCAGUCCCGGGUGAGGAGUCAGGGUCACUCUCCAAGGGGACCAGAGGACGGUGCUUCCUCAAAACACUCCGAUGAAACUUCUCCCGGGACCAGCCAGUCUAGGACUCUGGUCCGCGUGCCCAGGGGCACAACUUCCCAAGCGGAUGACAGUCACAUAUCCAAAGCAGCACCAGAUCAUGCUGCAGGCGCCUCCCGGGAAGACCUUGUCUCUGCGCCGCUGGAUGGUGCGCUGCGCACCGCAAGACACCCGGGCAGCCAGCAGCACAGAAUCAGAGUGAACCGCAGGCAGAGCAGCAAGCCCAGCUCUGCCAGCACAAGGAAACUUCUUGGGCCCAAUGUCUGUGGAAGUCAGCAGUGCUGCUCAGGGUGGGCUUUGGCACCAGGAACCAAUCGCUGCAUAAAACCUGACUGCCAGCCCCCCUGCCAGAACCGUGGCUCCUGCAGCCGGCCACAGAUCUGCGUGUGUCGCUCAGGUUUCCAGGGGCCCCGCUGUGAGGAGGUGGCUCCAGAGCAGGUGUACAUCCGUGAUGGAGGUGCCCUGAGGCGUGUUCAACCAGGGGCCAACCCUUUCCAGAAAGACAAACCACGGAGAAGGCCCUCAGAAAGGCAGGCCAUUGAUACUGCUAAGGUCCAGACCCCACGACCUGCGACCACCAGACAGCCUGUGACCCAAGUAAGAAGGGGACCCUCAGACUCCUUCCCUCAGCAGACUGGGACCUCCCGCACUGUGAAACGUUAUCCAUCAUCCUCUGGGCCCAUUACCUCCAACUCUCUACCCAGCAGCAAUGGCUACGCUAACGGCCACAGCACUGAGCAGAGGAACUGGCAUGGACACAAAAAUGGGCAUAGCAAUGGGCACUCCUUUAACACUCACAGGCCUACUAGCAACAGCCAGUUGCACGGACAGUUCAACAAUGCAUUAUUACCAGGAGGGGCCAAUCUCACCUCCAACUUGGACCGCAUUAAGAUCAUCUUCACACCCAUGUUGUGCCGCAGGGUGUGCAGUGGCGGGCGCUGCUACAACAGCUGUGAGAAGGGAGACAUCACUACGGUCUACAGCGAGACCUCGCACCAGCUGCAGCAGCAGCAGCAGCCAAAGAACCACGGCUUCCGACUCUUCUUCUGUCAGAUACCCUGUCUCAAUGGAGGCCGAUGCAUCGGCAGGGACCUGUGCUGGUGUCCAUCAAACUCAACAGGGAAGUUUUGCCACCUGCCAGCCCCACCUCCUGCCAGACCCACCCCUCACAGCCACAAGGAUGCCAGCCACCAAGGACCAAAAUCUCCCUCACAAUCCAUGUACACUCUACCACUAUCCAAUCAGCAAGUGUCUCUCCACCCAUCCUUGGUGAACGUACACAUUCAGCACCCUCCAGAUGCCGAUGUCCAUAUCCACCAAGUAGCUCGGGUUCAGCCUGGGCAGAGACCGGCCACCACAGAUGGGGCUCACUCUGUCCAGCAGCGCUCCCAGCCUGGCAAUGGACAUGAACCCACCAAUGAGCAUAGCAGCAGGCAUCCCCACACCAAUGGGAAUGGGAAUGGACACGGCCAACCACACAACCGUCAGAACGGACACGUUGGAAGAUGCUUCCAGGAAACAGUCGAUGGAAAGUGUGGCAAGCCUCUGCCAGGCCUAACCAAACAAGAUGAUUGCUGUGGAAGCGUGGGCACCUCCUGGGGUCUAAACAAGUGCCAGAAGUGUCCAACCAAACCAGCAUAUGCAGUAAUUGCAAAUGGACAAGUGGAAUGUUCCAAAGGUUUUAAACGGAUGAAUCUCACACAUUGUCAAGACAUCAAUGAGUGCCUGUUGCCUGGGCUCUGUAAGAACGCUGAAUGUCUCAACACCAAAGGAAGCUACAGGUGCACAUGUAAACCAGGCUUCAUGUUAGACGCUGACAGGAGCCACUGUGUCUCGGACAAAGCUGUGUCUGACCAGAAGGCAUUCUGCUACCGAUCUGUGUCAGCAAGUGCAUGCUCUCUGCCUCUUGCUCAACACAUCACCAAGCAGAUUUGCUGCUGCAGCCGAGUGGGAAAGGCUUGGGGCCCUUUGUGUGAUCGCUGUCCUUUGCCGGGUUCAGACCAUUUUAAGGAGAUCUGCCCAGCUGGUCACGGAUACACCUACUCCCGCUCUGAUGUGCAGAUUUCUCUCAGACAGCUGGAGGAAGAUGAUCUGCAGAGCACAGGAGUCUCAUGGGAAGAGCAGAGUCCUACUUUCCCUCAGCCUCCAUCCAUCCAGCCCUGGCUGCUGCUGCCUAGCAGGCCACAAUACCCCAUCUAUCCACAGACGCCACAAGUACCCCAAUACCCUGAGUACCCUCAGACACCACAAGGACCCGGGUACCCUCUGACUCCACAGCAGCCUCUCCAUCCCUCUCACCCAGCCAGAGAGACACCUACACAUUCGGAGGCAGAUGUGGAAAUUCUGAGCCUGCCAGCUGUUGUGACUGACUCACCACUGAAAUAUCCAGAGACUUCUCCACACUCCUCCAUCAUCAGGCCAGAUUCAAAGGACACAGCCCACACAGAUUCAGCCCCAGGUAUUGACAAGUGUGCCACCACGCCUUCCAUAUGUGGCCGUGGGAAAUGCAUUCCUGUGCAGACCGGCUAUACCUGCCACUGCGAGCCAGGAUUCAAGCUCAAUGCACUGCAGACCAACUGCAUUGAUGUGAAUGAGUGUGACCAGGAACCAUGUGAAGGGAAAGGACGUUGUAUGAACAACUAUGGCUCCUAUACCUGUCAAUGCCGCAGUGGCUACAGCCAGGUGAUCACCCAGAACAGGAAGUUCUGUCAAGACAUUAAUGAGUGCAGCAUGCCCAACAAGUGCCAGAACGGUGAAUGCAUCAACACAGAGGGAUCUUACACCUGUGAAUGCAACAGUGGCUUUGCCAAGUCUUGGAGAGGCCAAUGCGAAGAUGUAGAUGAGUGCAGAGAUCCCAGCUCCUGUCCCAACGGUGUCUGCGUCAAUACUCCCGGCUCCUUCCAGUGCCAGACCUGCAGCCUGGGGUUCAGGCCUGUCAAUGAAAGAUGUGUGGAUGUUAACGAGUGCUUGAACCAAACUGUUUGCGGUCGUGGUAGGUGUGUCAACACCGAGGGCUCCUAUAGGUGCAACUGUUUUCAAGGUUACAAGCUCUCAUCAGACCACGUUUGCCAAGAUGUGGAUGAGUGUGUGCUCCCUGGAGUUUGUCUCCACGGCCGCUGUGUCAAUCUGGACGGCACCCAUAAAUGCACCUGUAACCAUGGUUACCAAGUCACCUCAGACAGCAAAACUUGUGAAGAUGUCAACGAGUGCGCAAGUGGUAAUGUGUGCCCUGCAGGAAUUUGCAUCAACACUGUAGGUUCCUACACUUGCCAGAACUGCAGGCCUGGGUUUGGACCAUCUACUGAUAGACUAAGAUGUGAAGAUGUGAAUGAGUGUGCCCAAGAUGACUUGUGUCUUGGUGGGGUGUGUGCUAAUACGGAGGGAUCCUACUCAUGUACCAGAUGUAAGGCUGGCUACAAAGUGUCUCAAGACCGGCAGCGAUGUGAAGAUGUUGACGAGUGCCAGUCUCUGUUUACCUGUGCCAAUGGGAUCUGUCUAAACUCGGAAGGCUCUUACACCUGUGAGAACUGCCCUACAGGGUACAGGGUAUCAUAUGACGGGGAGCUCUGUGAAGAUAUUGACGAGUGUGUGCUGCCCACGACAUGCCCGAAGGGAACGUGUACAAACACAGAGGGUUCUUUCACAUGUACUGUCUGUCAACCUGGUUUCAAAGUAUCUGAGGAUGGACAACAGUGUGAUGAUGUGGAUGAGUGCUUGGUGGCUAACGUGUGCCAGGCCCAGCUGUGCUUGAACACGCCAGGAUCCUACACCUGCAGGAACUGUGGAGCCGGCCUGCAACUGUCUGAGGAUGGUUACAGCUGUGAGGAUUUUGAUGAGUGCCAGACCCCAGGUCUGUGCCCCUUGGGUGUUUGCACCAAUACAGAGGGCUCCUUCUCCUGCGUGGCCUGUGACCCAGGCUUUACAGAGGCACCCAACAGGCUUUCAUGUGAAGAUGUGAAUGAAUGUGAGGACCCCAGUCUAUGUGUGGGAGGCCAGUGCACCAACACCAUCGGUUCCUAUAGCUGCUCCUGCCCCACUGGUCUGGAGAUGGUGGAUGGCACGUCUUGCAGAGAUAUCAAUGAGUGUUUAACCGUUGUGGGGAUCUGCGGAGAAGGAGACUGUCUGAACACUAAGGGCUCCUACACAUGCAUCUGUCCUGAUGGAUAUGCCACCAUCGAUGGAAGGACCGGCUGCCAAGAUGUGGACGAAUGCAGUAAAGACAAUGUGUGCAUCCGGGGUGAGUGUCUUAACGCUGAAGGCUCUUUGUUGUGCUUGUGUGAGGCUGGCUUUAGGUUCAACGCUGACACUUCUGACUGUGAAGACCAGAAUGAGUGCAAGGAGUUUGGAAGCUCAGUGUGUGGUACCUGGCGCUGCGAAAACACCAUCGGUUCCUACCGGUGCUUCAUGGGCUGCCAGCCUGGCCUCGAGGGAGAAGACACCACAGACUGUGAUAUUGAUGAGUGUGUCAAUGAAACCAUCUGUGGGAACCACGGCUUCUGCGAGAACACAGACGGCUCCUUCCACUGCCAGUGUGACCAAGGCUACACCAACCUGCCCGGAGACAUGAGCAAAUGUGUCGACGUGAACGAGUGUGAGAUGAGCUUGGCGCUGUGCGGGGAGGCCCUGUGUGAGAACUUUGAUGGCAGCUUCCUGUGCAUCUGCCCCAACGACAAUGAGGAAUUUGAUCCCAUCACCAGCCAGUGCCGCUCCCUGGCUGAUAUUGACUCGACACCCGCCGCUCGAGUCCCUCCGUCCACUCCCUCCGCUGAGGAGAGGAAAGAGUGUUACUAUAACUUGAACGAUGCCAACUUCUGCGACAACGUCUUGUCUCGCAACACCACCAAGCAGGAAUGCUGCUGCACGGUGGGGGCUGGCUGGGGGGACAACUGCGAGAUCCACGCCUGUCCUCUCCCAGGAAGAGCUGAUUAUAACCAGUUGUGCCCUCAUGGCAGUGGAUUGUUACCCCUGCCUGUUGCCUCCAUACAAAGCCUGGGAGAACAGCGCCCUUACAUAGAUGCAAAUGAGUGUGAGAUGUUUGGAUCAGACAUUUGUAAGAAUGGACAGUGUUCGAAUCUCUUUUCUACCUAUACCUGCUACUGUCGCUCUGGCUUCUACUAUGACAACAUCCGGCUUGAGUGUGUGGAUUACGAUGAGUGUAGAUUUGGAAGCGCCUGUGAGGAUGGAGCGUGUGUGAACACGGCUGGGUCGUUCAACUGUUUCUGCAGUCCUCCAUUAGUCCUGGACAGCACACGACGGCGCUGCAUUGGUCUCAACACCACAGAAGAAACUCUCGAGCCUGAUAACGAUGUGCACAUGGAUAUUUGCUGGCAGCAUCUGGAGGGGUACAACAUGUGUUCAGAACCCCUCCAGGGACGCAGAACUACAUACACUGAAUGCUGCUGCCUGUACGGCAUCGCCUGGAGUGGACAGUGUGCCUUCUGUCCCCAGAAAAACUCUGAUGACUACGCAGUGAUGUGCAACCUGCCUCGGAGAGACGGCACAGACAGUCUGCGUGAGAGGCCAGGAUACGAGUACGGUCUUGAGGGGCCGGAGGAUCCUGCAGAGCCAUUUGUUCCUCCAUACUGGGACAGUUAUGGCAGCCCUGCAGGACCCUAUGACAUUCCCGAGGGCUUCAAUGACAAUGACUACAGCGUUCAACAGCCACCUUUCCGUGUCCCCAUUUCACGACCACGGCAGCAGCUGCCACGACCAGUGGAUUCCUAUGUUGAGCGCUACGAUGGCUUUGAGGGUCUUCGAGCGGAGGAAUGUGGAAUCCUGAACGGGUGUGAAAACGGCCGCUGCGUUCGUGUGCGAGAAGGUUACACCUGCGACUGCUUUGACGGUUACGAACUUGACCUAAACAAGAUGGCCUGUAUAGAUAUAAACGAGUGUGAGGACAUUAGCGACAAGGUUCCCUUGUGUCAGAACGGGCAGUGCACCAACACAGAAGGGUCAUACAAGUGCACCUGUUUGCCGGGCUUCGUGGCCUCCGCAGAGCCACACAGAUGCAUCCCAGAGAUCCCAGCCUCGGGGCUUGUGGAGACAGGAAACUGAGACAGACUGCCGGCUAUUCCUGCUUCUUUUAAGAUCACCUUACACCCCUCUGCCCUUUCCCCCAAGGGCCUCGCACUAAACCUCCAACUGUACCGCUGAGACGUCCAAACUCUUCCCAACACACACAUACAGACACAAACCUAAACAUACAUACAUUGCACACAUGUGCAUUCAGCACAGAACACAUUCAUACCCCCUCAUACACAUUAAAGAGGACCAGGGAUUGCGCAGUGAAUGUAUUACAUGGGAUUUAGUAUUCACCAGAUAUCCAUUUGCCUUAAAGGGAUUUUGUGGACUGAUUUUGUUUUAUUCAGUAACCCCAGGCAAUUUAAUAUGCAGAUAUAUUUUCCACAUUUUUUUCUCUGUCACUUUCUUUUUGUUGUGUUAUUUAUUUCAUUUACAUGACGGGCCUCUGCUAACUAAGAAAGCGACCUAUUUCAGAGAGCAUACUUGAUUCCUCUUGUUUUAUUUGCCUCACCAAUUGACCUCAGAGACAGCAUGGGGAGAGAAUAAAUGUCAUAUGUCAUGUCUCAUGUCUCAUAAAUCAGCUUGGGCCACACCGUCAAACCUCUCACCAAUUUCCUCACACAGUCGUUGUAAUUAGCAUUGACCUUGGACUAAACGAAUGCCAGGGUUGAUAAACAUCAGAAAUUCACAGAAAGAACUUUUCCCACUACUGCCUUUCUAUUCUUCAAGAUUAAUCACAAGCUAAAGUUGAAGAAUCUCUGGACCAAGAAGUAAGAGGUUAACACAGCCAAAUGUACACAUUUCAAACUUCGGCCUUUACCUUGACCUGGGAAGCCUGUAGAUGUAUAUGAUGAUCUAUGUAAUGUUUAAAAAAGGUGCAAUAGGUAUAACCUGCCUUCCUCUGUUUGACACCAUUUAAUACCAGCGAUGAAGUAGGACAACAUGGAUUCAGUUGCUGAUCCCGAUUUUUGUUUUCUUUUUGACAGUAUUAAUUUAUACAUUUGUAAAAAAAAAUAUUUACCAUGACUCAAAGUUUGAUUCCAGGCUACUUCUGAAACCACAGGACGGUAAAUUUGUUAAAAUGAUCCACAAAUAUCACAGCUUGAAGUGAAAGGUUAGUUUUAUGUACCAGUGUCAGACACGCAGAAGGAUCCCAGAACUCACAUAAGACCAUUCCCAUGUGUGCAUCUCUGAAUGCAUGUAAAGACACAGGCUUCGUUGGAGAGGUUUGGUAUAUUUUGUACAGAUCUAGUACUAUGUAUUAUUUUUGUUACAUAUUCUCUUAAUGCAUUAUAGCACAACCAAUAUUUUGUUUGACAUAAAACAUAAAAUGUAAGAAAAUCUGGCAUUAUAGCUUUGUAGAUUUAUACAUGUCUGUAAAAAUGUUUUUUAAAUCCUAUCUUUUUAUGUAUGAGGAGAGUGGCUGACACUGUACCAGAGGAACUGUGUGUAUACCCUGCCCUGUGGAGCAGACAAUGAAAUGUAUUUUUUUUUGGAAGUGGCAGCACUGUUCUAAUCAUAGACCUUUUUGUCUCUUCGAGUUCAUUACAAAGACGAUGCUUUUGAAAUGCAAGCACUAACUUCUGUGCGUCACAACUUUAUGGCUAAAUAUAAGUAAUUGUGAACAAUAUUUCUUUUAGUCUCUGUUGGAUCCUUAUGCCAUGAAUGUAUCAUAGACAGUAUUGGCCUAGUCAUGUGGUUUCUGAACUCCCACUUAUACCUUUUGGUCUUUUAGAUUCAGGUUUAGGAAAUAACGGCAUUACUUGUCUAAUGGACUGAACUUCUCUCAGCAGCGCAGAAACAUAAAAGUCUAAUUCUAACUUUGGAGGAUGACUAAGGUUGAUGACCUAUUCCUAAUAACAUGCAUUCAUAACUUAUAAACCCAAGUUGUACAAAUGUUUCCACUUGAUGUGCACUGUACUUGACUGUGCUGUUCAAAUCAUCAGACCGGAAGUCUAACAUUAAAGUCACAGUUGGAAUAUUUCAAGUCUUUCAAAACCACAAAUAACUAAUUGUCUUGUUGUAAAGCUGUGGUCAUUGGAAAUAUGCUCAUUAAUUUUGUUUACCUCUUGACUGUAAUCACUCUCAGUCAUCAAAAUAAAAACAUAAAAAUAUCA